AUGCUGAUUGUCAACCGUAGCAGCAUGGUGACUGAAUUUGUCCUUCUUGGCUUCUCUGUGGUGUGGGAACUGGAGGUUGUUUUCUUCAUGCUGCUGCUCAUAAUCUACAUAUUGACAAUAACUGGGAAUGUGGUCAUUAUUUCAAUCACUUGGGUUGACCACCGCCUCCACAGCCCCAUGUACUUUUUCCUCUGCAACCUCUCCUUCCUCGACAUCAUGGUGGCAACAGCCAUUGCCCCAAAAAUGAUGUGGGAUUUCUUGUCCUGGAAAAAGACCAUCUCAGUCUCUGGUUGCAUUGCUCAAUGUUACUUCUACUUCUUCUUUGGCACCACUGAGUUCAUCCUCUUGGCUGUCAUGUCAUUGGACCGCUAUGUGGCCAUCUGCCUCCCUCUGCGAUACUCCACCAUCAUGAGUCUGCGGAUGUCUUUAUGGUUAGCUCUGGUGUCUUGGGUUGGAGGUUUCUUCUCCGUCCUCUCCCCUAUCAUCAUCAUCUCCCAGCUUCCCUUUUGUGGGCCAAAUGUCAUUGAUCAUUUCUUCUGUGACCUGGAGCCACUCAUCAAGCUCUCUUGUGCUGACACUUAUCUGCUGGAGCUCAUUGAAUUCUCACUGUCUACUGUAGUUCUCCUGAGUUCUCUUCUACUUACUGUCGUAUCCUAUAUCUACAUCAUUACCACCAUCCUUCACAUCCCCUCUACCACGGGCAGGAAAAAGGCCUUCUCCACUUGCGCUUCCCACAUUACAGUGGCCUCUGUCUUCUAUGGCAGUGCUAUCUUCAUGUACAUAGUCCCCAACAAACAAUUCUCCUUUGGCUUCAAGAAGGCAGUGACCCUGCAGACUGCUGUCCUCACCCACUUGCUCAACCCUUUCAUCUACACGCUAAGGAACCAGCAGGUCAAGGAGGUGCUGAGGGACACUGCAUCCCACUUCCGGAGUAGUGUGAGGGGUGUUAGGUGA